AUGUUUCCGUUGCAUAUCAUCGUCUUUUCGUUCUUUACUGUUGCAGUGUGGGCUGCAUGCAACGGUCAUGAUGAGCUGUGCAAGCGCAAGUACUCGGAAAUCGCCUUCAUCGGAGCUCACAACAGUGCCUUUGUCGGUAAACAGCCAUCCCAAAACCAAUACAUCUCAGUGACAGAACAACUCAAUUUCGGCGUACGGUUCUUGCAAGCUCAGACGCAAGAAAAGAAUGGCGACAUACAAAUGUGUCAUACUCACUGCUGGUUGUUGGACGAAGGUCCUAUAGAAGACUACCUGGAAGACAUAUCAAGCUGGAUGGCAAACAAUCCAGACCAGGUUGUGACAUUGCUUUUGACCAACCACGACGCUUUGCCUAUCGAGAAGUUUGAUGCUGCGUUCAACAGCACGGGACUCAAAGAAUAUGUUUUCCGGCCAGAGAAGAAACUGGCUUUGGGCGAGUGGCCAACUCUUCAGAAACUUAUCGAUGAUGGGACACGUCUCCUAGUAUUCAUGGACUAUAACAUGGAUGAGAGCAAGGUUGGUUACAUUAUCAACGAGUUCGACUACUUUUGGGAAACGCCUUUUGGUGAACUCAAUCCUUCAUUCCCUACUUGCGAAGUUGAUCGGCCUGAGAACGGAGACCCUGCUGAGCUGAUGGGAAUUAUGAAUCACAUGCUCAACGACAAUGUUCUCGGUAUCAUUAUUCCGAGCCAGCAUCGUGCAAAACAGACCAAUUCGGCAAAGUCAAUUCAAGGUCAGGUAGACCUCUGCCAGGGGGAGUGGAGCACAAGACCAAACGUUAUACUUUUGGACUGGGUCAACGUUGGAGAUGCCAUGAAGGUUCAGCUGUCGUUGAACGGAUUGUGA